AGGUUUUAUAGAAUACUUUAUUCUCUUUGUUCAUAUAUCAAGAUUAUUGAUAAUCGAGAACGAUAUGUUGUAGUAUUGAUUUUGUAAGCGCUUAGUUCGUACAUACGACAGGCGCCAUUGUCAUCGCGACAGUUACAGGUAUCCUCUAACCAAGCGAACUUAGUUUAUUUCUUGAUUCAAGGUCGUCGCUUUUUCUUAUAUUUAUUCUUCAUAGUACACUUUUCAUUUCUCUAUAUUUGUCGGUAUCUAAGUUCCAUGCGCCAUUCACGUAGUAGUUGGCGCACGUCACGUGGAAAGCGCGCCUAAUUACAUAAUAUACUCAACGCAGACGGUAUAUUAUAUGCCACACCCCCUUCUGUAAUUCGUUGAUUUAAGGACGACUCGUCUACGAACUUUCUUUAAUUCGCGCAAAUAAUAAAUUAAUUAACGAUCGUUAUAUAUUUUAAGGUUAUUUUAUUAUUUCUUUUUGAUAGACGUAUGGAUUAUAUAGUCUAUAUAAUGUGUAACAUUGAAGCAGAUGGUUGUUUACAAGAAAAACACAAAUUAAUGUACUACAGGUUUUUUAAUGAAGUUGAACUAUUUUGUUAAAUUCAUAUAUUUAUAUUCAAAAGUAGGAAUUAGAAGGCAUUGUUCAAGAUGACGGAAUACUGGCUUAUAUCAGCACCAGGAGAUAAAACUUGUCAACAAACAUGGGAAACCAUGAACAAUUUAACUUCAAAACAAAAUUCUUUAUCCGACAACUAUAAGUUUCAUAUACCUGAUCUUAAAGUGGGAACAUUAGAUCAGUUAGUUGGGCUGUCAGAUGAUCUUGGAAAGUUAGAUGCAUUUGUGGAACAAGUUACGCGUAAAGUGGCAACUUAUAUGGGAGAAGUUCUAGAAGACCAAAGAGAUAAACUACAUGAAAAUCUUUUGGCCAAUAACAGUCAAACAUCAGUGGAUGGGGAGAGCUUGAGCCCCGAAGGGGGUCCGGACACCCCGCCAAACACACCCGUUACUCCAUCACACAAGACUUCAAAGGACCAUCACAAGCAGUGGAAGGAGUUGGACAAGUCAGAACCAGAAGCAGCCGCCUGUUUAGGUCAGCAUUAUCACCAUCGUCAUCAUCACCAUGACCAUCGUUAUAGCCACUAUCAUCAGAACCAUCUAUCCAACUCUGAAAAGAAGUCAUUACAUAAUACUCAAGGUGUCAGCGAUAUUCGAACGUCGAAUGAUCCUUCGUCAGUGUAUUCAUGUUAUCGUGCACGUUGGUGCACUGCUUCAACUCCUUCAACACCUACUCCAAGUCCUGGUUCUGCAAGCCCAACCCCUUCCUUUUCAUCAACCUGCAGCAGUGAAGAAGAUAACAAAUGGCAGUCAACAAUACAUCCUAGGAGUACUGAAAAAGCAGACCGAAUCAUCUCUAAUCGUGCAUCAGUUGACAAUAAUGACGAUGACGACCAUGAUGUGGACCAAAGCGAUGACCAAGAUCAAGACCAUAGUGGCAGUUUGCCUAAUCCAGGUGAUCUACCUUCGUAUAUAACUCGAUUCCAGUGGGAUAUGGCAAAAUAUCCGAUCAAACAAUCCUUAAGAAAUAUCGCGGAUAUAAUUAGCAAACAAGUGGGCCAAAUAGAUGCAGAUCUUAAAACCAAAUCAACAACAUAUAAUAACUUGAAAGGCAGCCUACAAAAUCUUGAAAAAAAACAAACAGGAAGUUUGUUAACAAGAAAUCUAGCAGAUUUAGUGAAGAAGGAGCAUUUUAUUUUAGACAGUGAAUAUUUAUCAACGUUACUUGUAAUUGUACCAAAGUCUAACUUUCAUGAAUGGUACAGUGGGUAUGAAAAAUUAACAAAAAUGAUUGUGCCACGAAGCACACAGCUUAUAACUGAAGACUCAGAAUAUGGAUUAUUUACAAUCACAUUGUUCAAAAAAGUUAUUGAAGAAUUUAAAUUGCAUGCUCGUGAGAAAAAGUUUAUUGUGCGCGAUUUCACAUACAAUGAAGAAGAACUUGCUGCAGGUAAAAAUGAGAUUACAAAACUGGUAACCGAUAAGAAAAAACAAUUUGGAUCACUAGUACGUUGGUUAAAAGUAAAUUUCAGUGAAUGCUUCUGUGCUUGGAUUCAUGUUAAAGCUCUGCGUGUAUUCGUAGAAUCUGUUCUUAGGUAUGGUUUACCAGUUAAUUUCCAAGCAAUUUUAUUGCAACCACAUAAAAAAUGUAUGAAGCGAUUACGUGAUGUUUUAAAUCAAUUGUAUGCUCAUUUGGAUUCUUCUGCUACUGCAUCAUCACAGAACCAAGAUAGUGUGGAUAUACCAGGAUUAGGAUUUGGACAAAGCGAUUAUUUUCCUUAUGUGUAUUAUAAGAUUAAUGUGGAUAUGGUUGAUAGUAAGGUGUAAUAAUUCACACUUGUAAAAAUCCUUCCUUUAUAUUUCAAUUACCUUUUCACUUUUUCAGGCGACUAUUAUUAUUCAUAAAUGCAUACAAACCAAUAUUUUAUCUUUAUAUCAAAGAUAGAAUUUUGUUUGCAUUUGUAGAAACGCCAUUGCAUUCUUUUAUCUUUGGUUACCAUAUAAUUGUAACAAUUUAUUCCAGAAAAUGUAAUUGUGUAAUUAUUCAUCAGAAAUCACUAUUUUUAUAGCAACUCAUAAUAUUUGAAAAUGCACAUAAAAUUUAACAUGAAUUGCAUAACAAAUUUGUAUAAGAAGUUAUAUAUUAGUGUGUACAUAUUUUAUUUAGAAAUAUUAAUUUUCAUUACAUAGACUUUUUUCUUCCUACUUUGCCAAAGAUUGGAUUUACAUAACUUGUUGCAAUAGUAAAGAAGAUAAUGAAAUAAAAUUACCGUUUAUAAAAUUAAAUAUUUGUUAAUCAUAUGCACACUCUUGCAGUAUGAUUAUUUUUUGUGUAUCUACGAAAUGCAUAAUUUUACAUACAACUUCUAUAUCAUAUUUCAGCAGGUAAAGAAAUUAUAUUAUUUAUUAUAAUAGAAAGAGUGUUGCUGUGCAUCACUUUAUUUGUUUUUAAAUCUUGCCUGUAGAAUCAAACACAAUACGAUCUUAAUUCACUCAGGAAAAGUAGGCAUUAGAAUAUUUAUGCAUAUUAUUAUUUGUGCGUUAUCUUGUUCUACUUUUAAAGUGAUUAUUUAUCACUUUAAAUGCCAAUAAUAUAAUUGUUAAAUAUGUACGCAUUAUACACACGUGAGCGUGCGGAAAAAUACAUGCAUAUAAUAAGAAAGCUGUAUGCUUAUUAAGGCCUGGAUUCUGGGCAAUAUGUUAAAAUUAUGUUUUUGUCAAAAAUGACCAGAAAUAUAAUAUUGUUCGUAUAUGA